AUGUCAGAGAAGACCCCCUGGGAUAGCAAGAGUCACCCGGCCCUCCUGGAUCUCUCGCAGGAAUCCUCAGAGCCCUUCUCAGCGGCGUCCAGCCCGGCCAGGCGGAGGCGAGGCCAUGACCCCCUCACCUCCAGUCCCGGCAGAAGCUCCCGGCGCACCGACGCCCUGACCUCCAGUCCCGGCCGGGACCUCCCUCCUUUUGAGGAUGAGUCCGAGGGGCUGCUGGGCACGGAGGGUCCCCUGGAGGAGGAAGAGGAUGGAGAAGAGCUCAUCGGAGACGGCAUGGAGAGGGACUACCGUGCCAUCCCAGAGCUGGACACCUACGAGGCCGAGGGCCUGGCCCUGGACGACGAGGACGUGGAGGAGCUGACAGCCAGCCAGAGAGAGGCUGCCGAGCGGGCCAUGCGGCAGCGCGAUCGCGAGGCGGGCCGGGGCCUGGGCCGCAUGCGCCGCGGGCUUCUGUAUGACAGUGACGAGGAGGACGAGGAGCGGCCGGCCCGGAAGCGGCGUCAGGUGGAGCGGGCCACAGAGGACGGCGAGGAGGACGAGGAGAUGAUCGAGAGCAUCGAGAACCUGGAGGACCUCAAGGGACACUCAGUGCGGGAGUGGGUGAGCAUGGCGGGCCCGCGCCUGGAGAUCCGCCACCGCUUCAAGAACUUCCUGCGCACGCACGUGGACGGCCACGGCCACAACGUCUUCAAGGAGCGCAUCAGCGACAUGUGCAAAGAAAACCGGGAGAGUCUGGUGGUCAACUACGAGGACCUGGCGGCCCGAGAGCACGUGCUGGCCUACUUCCUGCCCGAGGCGCCCGCAGAGCUGCUGCAGAUCUUCGACGAGGCGGCGCUGGAGGUGGUGCUGGCCAUGUACCCCAAGUACGACCGCAUUGCCAGCCACAUCCACGUGCGUAUCUCCCACCUGCCGCUGGUGGAGGAGCUGCGCUCUCUGAGGCAGCUGCACCUCAACCAGCUCAUCCGCACCAGCGGGGUGGUGACCAGCUGCACGGGCGUCCUGCCGCAGCUCAGCAUGGUCAAGUACAACUGCAACAAGUGCAACUUCGUGCUGGGGCCCUUCUGCCAGUCCCAGAACCAGGAGGUGAAGCCUGGCUCCUGCCCCGAGUGCCAGUCCUCUGGGCCCUUUGAAGUCAACAUGGAGGAGACCAUCUACCAGAACUACCAGCGCAUCCGUAUCCAGGAGAGUCCCGGCAAGGUGGCGGCCGGCCGCCUGCCCCGCUCCAAGGAUGCCAUUCUCCUCGCUGACCUGGUGGACAGCUGCAAACCCGGGGAUGAGAUUGAGCUGACUGGCAUCUACCACAACAACUAUGACGGCUCCCUCAACACCUCCAAUGGCUUCCCCGUCUUCGCCACCGUCAUCCUGGCCAACCAUGUGGCCAAGAAGGACAACAAGGUGGCCUUGGGGGAGCUGACCGAUGAGGAUGUGAAGAUGAUCACCAGCCUCUCCAAGGACCAGCAGAUCGGAGAGAAGAUCUUCGCGAGCAUCGCCCCUUCCAUCUAUGGACACGAAGACAUCAAGAGAGGGCUGGCCCUGGCUCUGUUUGGAGGGGAGGCCAAGAACCCAGGAGGCAAGCAUAAGGUGCGAGGUGACAUCAACGUGCUCCUGUGUGGGGACCCCGGCACCGCCAAGUCUCAGUUCCUCAAGUACGUGGAGAAGGUGUCCAGCCGAGCCAUCUUCACCACUGGCCAGGGCGCCUCAGCCGUGGGCCUCACGGCCUAUGUCCAGCGCCACCCUGUCAGCAGGGAGUGGACCCUAGAGGCUGGGGCCCUGGUGCUGGCCGACCGAGGCGUGUGUCUCAUCGAUGAGUUUGACAAGAUGAACGACCAGGACAGAACCAGCAUCCACGAGGCCAUGGAGCAACAGAGCAUCUCCAUCUCCAAGGCCGGCAUCGUCACCUCCCUGCAGGCUCGCUGCACCGUCAUCGCAGCGGCUAACCCCAUAGGAGGCCGCUACGACCCCUCCCUGACUUUCUCUGAAAACGUGGACCUCACGGAGCCCAUCAUUUCCCGUUUCGAUGUGCUGUGCGUGGUGCGAGACACUGUGGACCCUGUCCAGGAUGAGAUGCUGGCCCGCUUUGUGGUCGGCAGUCACGUGAGGCAUCACCCCAGCAACAAGGAGGAGGGUCUGGGCGGUGGUGACGCCCCAGAGCCUGCCCUGCCCAACACGUACGGCGUGGAGCCCCUGCCGCAGGAGGUGCUGAAGAAGUACAUCAUCUACGCCAAGGAGAAGGUGCACCCCAAGCUCAACCAGAUGGACCAGGACAAGGUGGCCAAGAUGUACAGCGACCUGAGGAAGGAGUCCAUGGCCACGGGCAGCAUCCCCAUCACCGUGCGGCACAUCGAGUCCAUGAUCCGCAUGGCAGAGGCCCACGCGCGCAUCCACCUGCGGGACUACGUCAUCGAGGACGACGUCAACAUGGCCAUCCGCGUGAUGCUGGAGAGCUUCAUCGACACGCAGAAGUUCAGCAUCAUGCGUAGCAUGCGGAAGACGUUUGCCCGCUACCUGUCCUUCCGGCGUGACAACAACGAGCUGCUGCUCUUCAUACUCAAGCAGCUGGUGGCCGAGCAGGUGACGUAUCAGCGCAACCGCUUUGGGGCUCAGCAGGACACUAUCGAAGUGCCUGAGAAGGACCUGGUAGACAAGGCCCGUCAGAUCAACAUCCACAACCUCUCCGCCUUUUACGACAGUGAACUUUUCCGGAUGAACAAGUUCAGCCAUGACCUGAAGCGGAAGAUGAUUCUGCAGCAGUUCUGAGCAGCUUAGCUCUGCUUCACGGACCUGAAGCAGACCCUGGAGGGCCCCAGCUGUGGGGCUGGGCUUGUAGCUGGACGUCUGGCUUUGCCCACACUUCUGGGCUCCGACCGAGCCUGGUGCGUGCCUUUGCUCUCUGCUCUUCUGCUCUUCUCCCCACCCACGGUGGGCGUACUCGGUCCGACUGCAUUCUUGAUCGCUGCACGGCCCGUCGUGUGCCGGCAGGGUCUGUCUGCCCUUGUUCUCAGCUGGGAGCCACUUGUGCCCCAUUUUAAGUGACUGGCACAGAAGGGUGUUGGCAGAACUGUUGUCUCCUCUGCCUGAGUUCUGGGUCUUGGCUGCUUCUGCUCCAUUUGUUCAAAGCGCAAGUUUGAAGUGUUGACAGUGCUUCUCUGGACCUGUCCUGGGUUGUUUUUUGUUUUUUUUUGGCGUCCUGUGAGUGGAGAAGCAGUGUGGGCAGAGGACCAAGUCUGGCAACCCGCCCGUUGCUGUCUGCAGUGUCAGGCUCGGGAGGGCUGAGAUGUCUGGAUUGUCCCCGGCCAGGACUGUCCCUCCCUGCUGCUGAGCUCAUGCGUUCUCUGCUCCUUAGGCAUUUCCCCUUUCUCUCCUCGUUUGUACAUUCAGUCUGUUCCUCUGGUUUUAAUUUUGAAUAAAGGAACAUUGAUAUUUUC